GUUGCGUACGGGAAAGAACCUAAUUAUCUACUAGAAAGAAAAGAAACAAACCUAUUGAAUGGACCUUAUUAUCAGCUGUUAAUGAAUAAACUAAAGUCAAUAAAAAAUAGAUGUUGAUUCGUUUUCCUUUAAAGGAUAUUCCCACGAGUUUUAAAUACUAAUAUUUCUUGAACAUAAAAUAAGAUUUUGAAACGAGUCAACAGUCCGAGUUAAGACUACUGCCGAAAAAAUGGUGAUCAGCUUGCUAGUACGUGCCGGCAUUGUUGUUGGUGCCGUAUAUUACUCUAAGAAACUGGGAGUAUGGGGUAGCUCCGAAGAAACCGAAAAAUUGUAUAACGAGUUAAAGGAAGGGUUGCGUCCACAUGCAAAAGAGCUGGAAAAGAAACUGCCUUUUGAUGUACCCGCUCUACCUCAAACUGGAGAAGCUCGAUUCCUGGCUAAGCACUACUACAACGAGGGUGUAAAAAAAACGUUUCAUUUCAUUGAAAUGCUUCCGUGUUACACCGGGCAAUUAAUUCAUAAAGCCAAGGUAGAAUUUGAAAGAUUCUCUCAACCUCCAUCUUCGAGCACAGAUAAAUAAAGUUGGGCAUACAAAACUUGGUAUAUUGUAAAUUCUACACUAAUUGAUUGACCAAUGCAUACUAUUAAAUUAAUUUAAAACACAUGUAUAUCGUUAAUAGCGAUAUAAAAGGUAGGCGUAUAUUCGAGUUGCAAUAAAUGCAUCAGUGCUACUUUUCACGAAAGAACAUCAUGUUCUUUGCGAAAGAUUGCAAUAUUGCGGCAAUUAUUAUGAAGCUGGAGCGCAUAGUUCUAUGUGAACAAAAUAUUGAGUCCAACGUUUGUCCCUUUUUCCAUAGUUAUAAGACUCCCUAAAGUUGUGCAAAUUUCUUGCUGAAAUAAACCAAUUUGGAAACGUAAAUGAAAAUAAUAAAAUUUAAAAAGUGGACUGCUAAAACUGACUUAGCAGCGCAGAAGAGUUCCACAAGAAAAAAGCAAUAAUUAUACCUACCGGAAACGUUUUUUGGAAAAUUAGGAAGUAGCCACUGUCUAUUUCUAAAUACCAACCAUGGUGCAUGUGCAUUAGA